CCUACCCAUGAAAACACCGGACAGACUUCCAGAGGGAUUCGUACCACAUUGCGGUGAAAGACAGUGCAAUUUGAAGAGAAGUCCUUCAACAUUUCGAAGACAAGGGGUGCAGUGUGUGGGGAAGAGCUGAUGAGGAGAGGACAGCCAGAGGCCAGUGUGGUUCACCUCCUAUCUAUUAGCUCUAACCCUGAGUGACCCUACUACUUACCCCCCAUCGCUUCAAGAGGAGGCUGUGCUCCCUCUGGGUGCAAGAGAACACCAUGUGCCAAAACUGGGGAGGACUUACCACUGCCCCAUAGACAUACAAACCUCUUGUGAACCUUCCUCUCUACUCUGAGGACCCUCCUUAUCCUCCUCAUUGCCCACUGACCAAGAUGAAGAAGGUGGCGGCAUGGUCAGCAGAGGACGUCUCCAGUUGGCUGAGCAAAGAGGGGAUGCUGGAGUACAUAGAUGCUCUCCGUCAGACGGACGGCCCUGCCCUGCUUAGGCUCACCGAGGAUGAUUUCCAGAUGCCUCCCCUGUUGCUGGUGUCAUCUGAUGGCGGGCAGCAGCUGUUGGAGCGACUGGAGACCCUGCGGAUAGAGACUCAUAUCGAGGCACACAAAAACGGCCAUGCAAACGGACAUGUUGGUGGGAUACCUAACGGAACUGGCAAACCUCAGAGGAAUGGCACAUUGGAGAUGAAGGACUUCAGGAUGGAGAUGGUCCACAUCCCCAUCCCUACAAUUGAAAAGACACUCUCCUCAUUCCCUGCCGAGUGGGGGAAGACAGGCAUAGCAUUCAUCUACGCGGUGGCGUGCUUUGUUACCACCACUGUCGUCAUUUCAGUGGUCCAUGAGAGGGUACCACCAAAGGAGCAUACCCCACCACUGCCUGAUAAGUUCUUCGACCUGUUUGACAGGGUGGAGUGGGCCUUCUCCAUCUGUGAGAUUAAUGGCAUGCUGUUGGUGGGACUCUGGCUCAUACAGUGGAUUCUACUUAAGCACAGGUCGAUUAUAGGCAGGCGCUUCUUUUUCAUUGUGGGCACACUCUAUCUGUACCGGUGUAUUACAAUGUACAUCACCACUCUGCCGGUCCCUGGGAUGCACUUCAAAUGCUCUCCAAAGCUUCUUGGAAACUGGGAGGCACAGAUGAGGAGAAUAAUGAAGAUGAUUGCUGGUGGGGGCCUAUCAAUCACAGGUUCCCACACCAUGUGUGGAGAUUAUCUGUACAGUGGCCACACCGUCAUGUUAACACUAACGUACCUCUUCAUCAAGGAGUAUUCCCCCAAGCGGUUCUGGUGGUACCACUGGUUUUGCUGGAUCUUAAGUGCAGUGGGGAUUUUCUGCAUCCUUCUAGCACAUGACCACUAUACUGUGGAUGUGGUGGUUGCAUACUUUAUUACUACACGCCUGUUUUGGUGGUACCACACUAUGGCCAACCAGCAGUCGCUGAAGGAGACGUCGCAGAGUAACCCGUUCUCCCGCGUGUGGUGGUACAGACUGUUCCAAUACUGUGAAGAGAACGUCAACGGCACGGUCCCUCGUAACUAUCAGGUGCCGCUGUCAUUGCGAACGUUGCAGUGGAACCGCGGUGUGAAGUACAGCAAACUGGACAUCCAGUAACCCUCAUCAUGUCAAAGCAGGGGAGGACUAUGACUUCCAUAAGUGCUGUUUUUACCCAUGGAAGAUGGCACUGUUAAAUGUAGCAUGCUGUCCUUUCACCUCUAGUAACAGACACAUCCCUGUCCAAAUGGGUAGCACUGUGACCCACCUAGUAUUUUUUUUUUCCGUUGUUUGUCUCUCUGUCUCUCUUUCUAUAUAUAUAUAUAUAUAUAGAGAGAGUUUUUUAUUGUCUUUCUCUUCUGGUGUAUUUGUCAACACAGAGCACUAAUUUAUAUUUGUUUUGUGUCUUUUCCUCUUCGUGGGCCACAUAACCGUCUCUGCUUUUGUAGCAGAUCUAUGAAAUAUCAAGAAACUUCUGAAACUCAAACUGGUUUUUGGCCAUAAGGACUCAAUUACUUUUUUCCCCCCUCUGCACAAAACCAUAGUUCAUGUCUUCAUGUUCUUUGAAUAUUUUUAGUGCAAGUAGUGUCAAUGGAAAGCGUAUUUGAUAACCAAAAUGCCAUAAGCAUUUUUUCUUUUUUUUUUUAUAGCAAAUUACUUUUUGUAAACUGUCCUUGCUAAAAUGAGUCAGAGGUGCAAAAAAUACUUUUUUUAAGUAUGUCAAACUUUAUUUUUCAAAAACAAAUGAUGUCCAAGAAAAGAUUUUUAGAUUUUUACCUUUUUCAAGAUGGAUAACUGAGAGCAUAAGAAUCUAAUGUGGUAUAACAUUAUUCCAGUGCCUUUCUUAGCUUGAUUGUAAAACAGUUCAAGUACUGUGUGUCUUGCGUCUCUCUGCCGUGGGUGUGACCAUGCCGUGGUAUGAGAUGGUACUUAGUUAACAGUCUCGUUCCCAUGAAUGUAAAACAACUACGCCAGCCUUACCAGAAAUUGUUUUUUCCAAAAUAACGUGCAGUGACUGAAAUGUCCCGUUUAUUUAUUGAUGCUUUAUGAUGUCAGUUUAUGUUUAGUUAGUUAAUGCUGUUCUAACAGAAACAAUGACUGUUAAUUGUAUUUUUUUUUAUGUCUGUAACAUUUCAUUUUUACCAAUCAGUCUUUAACCAACACCAGCCAUGUUCAAAGACGGAUCAUCAAUGCUCAGUCGCCUGUGGACACAACCACGUCUUCUCGUUUUCCUUUCCAACAUUAUCCGCUAAACAUCACUGCCUGAGUGGAAAUUGCAUAAGAAAUGUCUCCGAGGUGCAGAGUUAAGUUAUUCUGGACCUCACGCUCUUUUGCAUCAUCGCUGCAUCUCUCUGCUCAGGAGACAAUGAGCCCCUCUCUUGUUCCCACAUCGAGUCCCAUUUUGAAAUCAGAAUAAUCCUCAUCGCUGUCUGGUCUUGUAACCUUUUCAGUGAUGAGAUCUAGAUUAAAAUGUCCGAUGUGACACUUGUGUUGAGUUUAGGGAAUGCCAAAGUUUAAAACCUGAAGCUUCAGGCGAAAUUUUUGAGCAUGUCUGUGAUGCAUCUGUACGUGCUUUGUAUGGUUUGUCUUGUGCUAAAUCCAGCUGCUACCUUCCAGUCUGAAGCCAGUGUAUCCUCGACGCAGCCUCCAGUGCAACGCCACAAUGAUCUUUCCAGAAGUAGCAAACGCUCAAGAUGGUACUUUUGUGUGGGGAACAAGAUGAAGCGUGAUGCACAGAGCUCAUGAUCUCUCUGGCCAUAUGUGUGCAAACAGGAUAACAUUGAUUUCCUUGAAUGUGAACUGUGUCCUCCAAAUCAAAUACUGCACAUGUCGACUUGUUUUUGCUUUUCUUUGUGUAACUGACUGAACUGUAAAGUAUUGCACAAGUUCGUCUAUAGGGAAAGAUUUAACUCAUUAUGUGAAACUGAAGAAAAAGUUCAAAAUAAACGUAUUAGUUUUCAUGAAGAAACACUGCACUAAGCUUUAGAUGAUACAAAAUCCAAAUAAAUAAUAUUGAUAAUGUGAUUAAUUUCUUUGAGUACUGUCAAAAGUAGGAGGUGAGAAAAUAUUAUUUUCAAUGUGAGCUUAUGAUACCUUUCAAUGCCAACCAGAGUCUUAAUGUUCGAGACAAACUACAGCACAGACUUACCCUCCUUCCUGUAGCAUCAUCCAAUCAUUUCACUUCUUACAAUGAACGGUUUGUUAGUUUUACAGCAGGCUCCUCACAUACGGCCACAUCUUAAUCUGAGAUGUUUGAAGCUAUGGCCCAGACGUGGCUCUCUAAUGAUACCUGAGAGCUUUGAUGAGGAUGAAGGCUGGAGUUUUGUCUUGUUUGCCAAUCAAGUCGAAUUAUUCUUUUUGUCUCCAAUAAAUGAAAGUUGGUUAUCCUGUUUGUUUCCCUGUAAACUUCUCACCAACUUUGUCUCUUUUUCUGUGCAUAUACCAGAUAUUUGUAAGAUACGAUAAAGGAUUCCACUUGGGA